AUGGCUUCUCUGCUGUACCGCGCACUGAAUGCUAAGGCUCGAGAAGUGCGACGUCUGGCCUUGGCAGUGUCCAGGAAAGACGGCAUCGAUCGGAUCGAAGGCACUUUGACCACUCAUUCUCUCGAUGAACAACCCAGCUUCGAUGCGCUGUCCUACGCAUGGGGAACAGAUCCGGCCGCUGGUCAAGUCCAUAUCAAUGGCAUCGGGAUGCCGGUCACGAGGAAUCUACACGAAGCCCUGCUUACGCUCUGUAGCAGCGCACGGGGCCAGCCCGACCAGAUGUGGAUCGAUGCUCUCUGUAUAGAUCAGCGUAACACCAAGGAACGUAGCCAGCAGGUAUCUUUGAUGCAUCAAAUCUAUACCGGCGCGCGCUGUGUGCACAUAUCCCUUGGUCCAUCGUGGCAUACAGCGACAACCUUUCUGUCGUUCUUGGCAAAACUUUCCGAUGAACGCCGAGCAGCGAGUGAUCUGGAGAGUCUUGACCAGGACAGCCGUCGAACAAUGGUCACGGACGGUCUAGAGAUUGUGAUGAGCAGUCCGUGGUGGAGCAGACUCUGGGUCGUGCAAGAAGGAGUGCUUUCAGACAGUGCCAUUGCACAUCUGGGCGAGUUCAAUCUUCCCUUCAGAAUUCUUGUCGGUGGUCUUAUCCUGGCUUUUACGAGACUGUUGUCGCUGGGCUAUGAUUCGCUCUCCAACACGUCUCGGAGAAUCUAUGGCCACAUGUACAAAUUCAUGUCGAUGGAGCGGCGCACACACGAGUACCUCUACCAUACUCAUCGCAGCUCGACGAGUGUCGAGCACGAUCGUGUUUAUGGUGUUCUUGGUCUACUCCCGCGAGACGUGCAGGUGAAGCCGGAUUACGAUGCAUCGCUGGAGGACGUCUAUGAGAACUUUGCCGUGACGAUCAUGCGCAACGAAAGAAGUCUCGACCUCCUGACACUUAGUGGUCUGCACUGGCUCAAGGGCGCGGAUCUUCCCUCGUGGGUGCCGAACCUGAAAGUACCGAUGCAACCAUUCCGCAGCUCCACCGGAAAUCGAAUCGACACAAACAACCCCCUAGCGACGGCAGAAGAGAUCAUCCUUGGUCUUUGUGCUCGGUCAACCAUCUUACAGCACGACGCUCAGGCGAGUGCUCUACAUGUCCGCGCUUGCAUCUUGGACACUGUUGCAUGCACAGAACAAAUCGAAACGAGCGUCGAAGAGUGGCAACGUCUGUACAUGGCGUGCGGUGCCGGUCCAGACGUGCCCCAAGAGUAUCUUGUUGGCGUACUCGGCAAACAAUGGUGGAUCGAAUAUGGUCAGACUUUGGCACAACAAGCGCUCGGCGAUCGUCUCUCUGCACAAGAAAUGCGCCAUGAGCCUGAACGACAGAUGGCAGCACUCUACUCGAUGCAGCCCGGGGAACACCCUGAUAAGUUCAUGGCUCUGCGUGAUGUCCUCUUCGCCAAUUAUUGCAGGCACAAAUUUAGCUCUAUGGUUCACAGCUGGAGCGGCCAUACAUUCGGCAAUGCUGAGCCAGGCGACGUCGUAGCGGUACUGGCAGGCUCUGCCGUGUCUUUUGUACUACGCGCGAAUCCUGAAAGAGGACGCAACACGUAUCGCUUGGUCGGAUGGGCAGACUAUGAAGCUUCGCAUGCGCGAAACCUCGAAGCGAUACGGCAAGCGGCGACGACCACGAGCGGUAGCGUUGACGAUCUGGAAGCUGUCUUCAAUUGGAUCACAUUGGUCUGA